AUGCCUGUUCAUCAUCUUAUGGUUGGUACCUGGACUCCUCCAGGUGCCAUCUUCACUUUCGCCUUCGAUGAUGAAGCUCUCACACUUAAGCUUGUGAAAAAGACCGAGAUUCCCAAGGAUGAGCCAAUCUCAUGGAUGACAUUUAGUCAUGAUCGCAAAGCUAUUUACGGUGCUGCUAUGAAGAAGUGGUCCAGCUUCGCCGUCGAAUCGCCAACUUCGAUAACUCACCAGGUCUCUCACCCAAUGGAGCACGAUCCCAAUGCUUCUCUUGCCACCACAAACACCCGUGCCAUCUUCCUUCUCGCAGCGAACAAGCCUCCUUAUGCCGUUUACUGCAAUCCUUUCUACGAUCACGCUGGCCACGGUGCUGUCUUCACCACCGAUUCCACUACAAAGGCUCUUAAGGAAAAUGUCCAAAACUACCCUUACCAGCCUAAUACGGGUAUUCACGGGAUGGUCUUUGAUCCUGAGGAGGAAUAUCUUUAUUCUGCCGACCUUCGUGCUAACAAGAUCUGGACACAUCGCCGUGUUAGCAAAGACGAUCCUUCUCUUGAGCUGGUCGGUUCUGUUGAUUGUCCUGAUGCUCGAGACCACCCUCGCUGGGUGGCCAUGCAUCCUACUGGAAACUACCUCUACGCUCUUAUGGAGAAGGGCAACCGAAUCUGCGAGUACCUCAUCGAUCCCACAACUCGUCUGCCCGUUUACACUCAUAAGCACUACCCUCUGAUCCCUCCAGGUAUCCCCGAUAGGUGGACACAGUACCGCGCUGAUGUCUGCGUGCUUUCGUCCUCGGGCAAAUAUCUCUUUGCCUCGUCCCGUGCCAACUCCUUCGACCUGACAGGUUAUGUGGCCGCCUUCAAGCUCUCGGAUACCGGCGCCAUUGAGCGCCAGAUCUGCCUGAAUCCUACACCUACGAGUGGUGGACAUAGCAAUGCGGUUGCACCUUGCCCUUGGACAGAUGAGUGGGUAGCGAUCACGGAUGAUCAAGAAGGUUGGCUGGAGAUCUACCGCUGGCAGGAUGAGCACCUCGCCCGUGUGGCAAGGGUUAGAACACCAGAGCCUGGCUUUGGCAUGAACGCCAUCUGGUAUGACUGA